AUGACCCGUCACGGAAAGAACAACACCGCUUCGUCGUUUUAUUCUGCUGCGGAACGCGCCAAGGAUGCGAAAGCCAGCGGGUUCGGCACCCUUCACGCUCGUCUGACUGCCGAUUCAAUCAAGGAUUUCGACUGCUGUUCAUUGACGCUUCAGCCUUGCAGGCACCCCGUCAUCUCGCCGGAGGGCCAUAUCUUUGAUCGAGAGGCUAUGAUCGAAUAUUUCCUGGCACAGAAAAAGAAGAUCAACAAGUUGACGAAAAGCUGGGAACGUCAGAUCGAAUUGGAAGGUGAAGCGAUGAAAAAGCAAGAAGAAGAGAAGCAAGUGGAGCGGGUUAAGCGCCUGGAAGCAGCGACUGGUCUACCCGCGCAGGAGAGUCUCCGAGUAGCAGAAACUUCGCGGAAACGCGCUAUCAAUGAUCCGUUCUCGAGCGAGGUGGCUGCAAAGGGUGCGCUCGCAAAACAACUUCCCUCAUUUUGGCUGCCCGAACUGAACCCGACGGCAGAACCUACAAAGUUGGAGAAACCGAAUCAAAAAGUGAUGUGCCCAAUUACUGGGAAUCCAUUGAAAAUCAAGGAUCUGAUGGAAGUGAAAUUCACCGAAGCACCCGAUGAUGAUGCGAAGGCAAAGAGUGUUUACGGGAAGAAUGUAAAAGCUAACUGGGUUGAUCCUCUGAAUGGAGAACCUUUGAAAGAGUCCGAUAUCAUUGAACUGAAACGCGGUGGUACCGGGUAUGCUGCGACGAAUGAAGUGAAAGCCAAGCUGAUUCGUCCUCAACUCGAGCUGCACAUGGCAUGUGCUGAAAAGCGACAUGCUGUCGACAAAGCUGGGGUAGUGAAGGAAUUUGUAAAAUUUCUAAACCAAAAGGAUUACCUUUCACCCGGGGCGGCGGCGAUUAGAGUCCUGUAUGACAUUCUAAACAACACAGAUGCUACCACCACGAGCCAGGUUAUCGAUGAAAUACGAGUGGCUUCUGAUGCAAUCGUUGAAUCGGAGUAUACGAUGGCCAGCGUACGGGCUGCCUGCGAGAUUUUUGCCAAAUUUGUGACAUUAACACCUGCUUACAUACUGGAUAACCCGGACUUUAGGGUGGUGCUUAGACACUAUAGAACUAGAGCACAUAUGUAUGUCGAAAGGAUUGCGAAUUCCGCAAAUUUCAUCGCCAAUGUCGCGUGUGCCAUCCUUCCGACAGAUGCUCAUAUCAUGGUUCAUGGCGAUAGUAACAUCGUCUUGCGAGUGAUUCUUGCACUAAAAAGCCAGAAUGCCAAGUUCGGCAAAAAUAACAUGAAAAUCUACGUACCGGAAGGGAGGCCGGAGUGUAGUGGGCUGAAAAUGUAUGAGAAUCUUGUGCGAUGUGGCAUCACUGCUACAAAGAUAAUGGACACCGAAGUCGCGCAUCGAAUGCACGAAUGUGAUCUCGUGCUCGCCUCUGCUGAGGGUGUUUUGGAGACUGGUGGGAUUCUAGGAAAGAUCGGGACCCUAAAUAUUACCAACACCGCAAAAAGCAACAAUAUUCCUGUCUAUGUUGUGACGGAAAGUAUCAAAUUUAUCAAAAAGUACCCUCUGAAUCAAGCGGAUAUCCCUGAUGACUAUUUGUAUCCGACACCACCUGAAGGAUCUCCGGCAAUUGAUAGGAGUCGGGCGCAUCCAGCGGUGGAUUACACGCCUCCCACCCACAUUCGCUAUAUCAUCACCGAUCUGGGCAUCUUCAUCCCAACAGCUGUUGGCGAUGAACUUGUGAAGCUCUAUACA